AUGGACGACCUUAAGCUGGAUGACCUUGCCUUUGACUCUAUAGAUGCGGAUGAGACCUUUUGGUUAGAGCAUCCGUUCCAGGAGAGAGAGGUUCUAAAGGUGAUGAAAGAUUGCUGGAAUGUGACCAGGACAGACACCAUGGGGGUGUUCCUUGACUUUUAUGCUCGUAGUAAGUUUGAAAGAAGCCUUAAUGCCACGUUUAUUGCGCUCACCCCGAAGAAACCUAGGACAAUUGAUAUUAAGGACUUUUGGCCUGUUAGUCUUAUGAGUGGAGUUUACAAGAUCAUUGCCAAAGACUUUGCCCAUAGAUUGAGAAGGGCCAUGGAGAAGGAGAAAUUGUGUUCUUGGAAAGCGCAUUGUAUCUCUUUGGUGCUCUUCUCCAUUUUGGUGGAGGGCACUCCUUUUGACUUCUUCAAUAGCUCUCAUGGGUUGAGACAAGGAAACCCUUUGUCUCCUUUUCUAUUUGUUGUUGUCAAGGCAUUAAGUAAAAUGCUUAUAGCUACUGUUGAUAGGGCUCUUCUCUUAAGUUUCUCAAUGGGAACUAGGCUCUUUGAGGUGGAAUUGAAGGUGAAUUUGGCUAAGUUAGUUUUGGUUCUCGUGGGUAACGUGGAUGUGCUGGCUCUUGCCCUGGGGCUCUGUUACAAGGCCAAGUCUAUUUGA